CUGGUGCGCGCCGCGAGUCCGGGCGCCAUGGCGGCGCUGGGCGGGGACGGGCUGCGCCUGCUGUCGGUGUCGCGGCCGGAGCGGCGGCUGGAGCGGCAGCCCGAGGCGGCGGCGCUGGCGGGCCCCGGGCUGUGCUGCUGGGUGUCGGUGUUCUCCUGCCUCAGCCUGGCCUGCUCCUACGUGGGCAGCCUGUAUGUCUGGAAGAGCGAACUGCCCAGGGACCACCCGGCCGUCAUCAAGCGGCGCUUCACCAGCGUCCUGGUGGUGUCCAGCCUGUCGCCUCUGUGCGUGCUGCUCUGGCGGGAGCUGACGGGCAUCCAGCCAGGCACACCCCUGCUCACCCUGAUGGGCGUCCGGCUGGAGGGCAUCUUUCCCGCAGCACUGCUGCCCCUGCUACUGACCAUGAUCCUGUUCUUGGGCCCGCUGAUGCAGCUGACGAUGGACUGCCCCUGUGACCUGGCAGCAGGGCUAAGGGUCGUCAUGGCUCCCCGCGCCUGGGCCCGCUGCCUCACAGACCUGCGCUGGCUGCGCAACCAGGUGAUUGCCCCACUGACGGAGGAGCUGGUCUUCCGGGCUUGCAUGCUGCCCAUGCUGGCGCCCUGCACGGGCCUGGGCCCCGCCGUGCUCACCUGCCCACUCUUCUUCGGGGUUGCCCACUUCCACCACAUCAUCGAGCAGCUGCGCUUCCGCCAGAGUAGCGUGGGGAGCAUCUUCCUGUCUGCAGCCUUCCAGUUCUCCUACACGGCCGUCUUCGGUGCCUACACCGCCUUCCUCUUCAUCCGCACAGGACACCUCAUCGGGCCUGUUCUCUGCCACUCCUUCUGCAACUACAUGGGCUUCCCGGCCGUAUGCGCAGCCCUGGAACACCCACAGAGGUGGCUGCUGCUGGCAGGCUAUGCCCUGGGUGUGGGGCUCUUCCUGCUCCUGCUACAGCCUCUCACGGACCCCAAGCUCUACGGCAGCCUGCCCCUGUGUGUGCUGCUGCAGCGGGCGGGGAGCACAGAGCUCCCCCUGUGCUCCUGACACCUCCUGCGUGCACCCACGGACUCGGGCUCCUCAGCCCCUCUGCAGCGCGGGUACUGCAGGGAGGGCCGGCUGGGCUCCCCAAGAUCUCAGGAAUUUUU